GUUGUUGUCAAAAAAGUGUUAUUAUGAUGUUUAAUUGAUCCUGUCAUAACGAAUAAUGCAUAACUAUGAAUUUCAAAAAAAUUAUAGAUCAAAUUAUAGAUAAAACAAACAUUAAAAGAUUUUUUCGCAUGCGCUCUUGUAAGCAAGAUGUCGACGAGCAACGCAAGCGACUAUUUAAAACAUAACGAUCUCAUGCAGAAAGAAGUAUUUGAAAAGUUAGUAUCAAAGUUAGGUGUAAAUACCGGAUUUAGGUGCCUUGAUGUUGGUUGUGGACCUGGUAAUUUAACUAAACUUUUGGUUGAUCUUGUGGGAAAGGAUGGGUACGUUCUUGGUAUUGAUCCUGAUGAAGGCAGGAUAAAUCUUGCUAAAGAGGCAUUUUCACAAGUUCCAAAUUUAGACUUUAUAUGCAUAAAUGGUGGAAAUAUGGAAACAGACCUCCAACAUUUUGACAUUGUUUGUUCAAAUUUUGUCUUGCAUUGGAUGAAAAACGAGGAAAAGUGGAAAACAAUCCAAAAUGUUUUCACCCUACUCAAACCUGGUGGUACCUUUGGUUUUUGUUGUUUGUUACAGUUACCUAAGGGGGCAAAACAUAUCUAUAACUUUGUAGAAGAUAAAGAAAAAGUUGCUCAUAUUAUGAAUGCGGAAUAUUCCUCUUUAAACGAAUAUAAAGAGAAGGUAUCUCAGUAUAUGUUUGAGAUUGUGGAAAUACAGACCAUAGAACAUAUUACUGCUUUUCAAACACUUGAUCAAUUAUUAUCAUGGAUGAAUGCUUCGGCUAAUUGUAACAUCGACAUUUUCGAACUAUAUGAGAAACACAAAACCGAUAUAAAAUUUGAGCAAAACCAAAAUGGCGAGUACCUCAAAAGGUUUAAAUUGAUCGAAGUUCUGGUGAAGAAACCCAACAAUCACAAAAAUGAUGUUGGUGCUUUAGCAUAACAUCCAUUCACGUGAUUCAUAUGCAAUUCUAAAAUUAUAUUUCUUGUGCACAAUUUUAUUGUGAAAAUAAAAUCCUAUAGCAACAGUUAUCAGCAAUUAAAAAAAGUCGUUCAUAAAUUUUAAUUUGAAAGUCGAUACCGUUUUAAUCAAUAUCGAAUAGAAAAGCUUUAUUCACAUGUAAACGUUUUUUAUGUAAAUAAGAUUCCUUGCGUGUUUUUUCCUUU